ACAACCUCAAUUCGUUCUCUCGACCUCGGCAGGACUACGCAGCGCUUUGAAGCAGGAACUAGUUGCCAAAUUCAAUUCUGCUACCAUUGGGUCUUCUGCGCGACUUCAUCACAACCAUGCAAUCCGUUAGCAACAAGAAACGCAAAUCGGAUCAGUUGGACAUGUCAAGCGACAACCAGCACGUGGUCAACAUGUCGAGUCAAAAAGGGGCGGCAAACGGCGGGAGCGCACACCCGCAAGAGGGUCCUCUGAAGAGGCAGAGGGUGGGGAUUACGCUUGCGCAGAAGCAGGCGCUCAUUGACAACCUGCAGCUCGAGAUCACCGAGCGCGCCCGCAAGCUCCGAGCAAACUACAACAUCCACGCACAGAGUCUCCGUACGCGGGUCGAGAUUCGCGUCAACCGCAUUCCCCUGUCUCUGCGCAAGCUCACCAUGGGCGAGCUGUUGGAGAGGUAUUCCGAGAAGUCACAACAGAGGCCAAACGCGCAUCCCGAGUCUGUUAGGGGCCCGCCCGUGCCCGCGAAAGAUGUGCCAUCCCGGCCACCGACGAGGGGAACGGCAACCUCGGCGCACCCUGUCAAGAGGCGAAGCCAUGAGAUCUCCGGCGGAGAUAAGGAGAAUGAGGUGCAGACUCCUCAGAAGAAGAUUCGCCCGCAUCCCAUCACAACAGACAUUGCGCGCAACCCAGCACAAGUCUUGUCCCCUGCCCCCUCAAACUCCAGGUUUGCCCCCCGGACAGCGGCAACCCCAGGCCGGCCAGGCACGGCCCGCCCGCCCGUGACUCCCGGUCGGGCGGUAGCAGCUACCAAUAUGCUUAACAAGAUGGUCGACGGAGCGCGGUCGACCACGCGCCCUGCCACGGCGACAGGAACGCGCAAGGCGCUCGCCUCUUCGACCGGGCCGGGAUCAGCAGUAGCAGCAGGGUCAUCGUCAUCAUCAGCCGCCGCCGCCGCCGCCGCCGCCGCCGCCGCCUCCGCGCGUAGGAAACGCGGCGCCACCGUCACGGCAGCCGUCAGCGUGCACCCCAACCCCCCUUCCUCCGCCUCCCGCCCUGCCACGCGGACGGCUCGCCGUGCUAGCGGCACCAGCGAGUCCAGCGAGGGCAGCACCUCGACGGUGAUCCGAAAGCGGCCCAUGACGGCGCCGCCGGGCGCCCAGCCGAAGCCCCCGCCACCCACGCUGCAACAGCAGUCCGGGGCGGCGUCGACGGCAACGACGGGUAGGCGGACCGUGGUGGGAACUGUCAAGAAGAGUGUCGCGGGAAGCGGCCCGGGGAAGAAGGCGGUCCCUGCUGGGAAGGCUGCCGCCGCGAGCAACGGAACGGGGACAGGAACGGGGACAGGAACAGGGACGGGGAGGGUGUUGAGGAAGAGGCCAUGAGCCUCUGUUGUCUACGUGGUUUGUUUUGUUUUGAGAUGGGAUUUGUAUCAUUAUUAUUAUUUUUUUUUUUUUGGUGCAGUUUGCCAGCACGGGCUUGUGUUCUUGGCUUUCAACUGGUUGGUUGGUUCGGCGUUCAGGGAGGAUGUCAUCCCGACUGUGGUGAUUUGGAGUUCGUUCCG